AUGGACCUCGAUUCAUUCCGCGAGCAUGGCGAGCAUGGCAAGAGCAAAGAGCAGACGUCGCCGUUCCUGCAGCUGCCCAACGACCUAUUCCGCUGCGUGAUGGACUACCUGGACCGAGAAUCCGCCUGGUCUCUGAAGCGCGUUUGCAAGGGCAUGUCGACGUCAAAAGCCAUAGACGAGCUGCUGUAUCGGUACCCGCUACAAUUGAACGAUGUCAAGGACAUCAGGCUGGGCGACUGGAACUACAGGCCCAUGGGCCAGGCGCGCUGGAACGGCUUGAAGUCGAGCAUCAACGACAAGAACCGACACCACGUGCAGAAGCUCGCUCUGAGCCACUGGUGUAGCAUCGGCGACUUCAAGUGGAUAGAGCAAAAUCUGCCUUCUCUCACUAGCUUGGAUCUGUCCGCCAUCAAAGACUUCGUCUGGACGCCUGAGGAGACCUGGACGUGGAAAGCACUGUCUGAAGCUUGUCCGAAGCUCUUCGCACGCUUGGAGGAAUUGGAGGUGUCGAAUUGGGCCGACUACACUGCGCAUUCGCGUAUAGAGUACAGUUAUGCGUACAAUGACUAUAGGUUCAAACAGCAGUUUCGCUUGUCGCGGCGGCGAGACGGUGGGUCUGUUGCCAAGAUGAUCUUUCCUCUGUGCAAGAAGCUGAAGACUCUGGCCAUUCGCGAGCGUUACUCCGGGUUUCACACUUGGAAUGAGUGGGAAGUUCACCAACGUGUGUGUUGCCUCAUAGAUGGGAUCAAGAACUACUGCCCGCCUACCUUGACCAAGCUACGAGUUCAUGACUAUGCACCUUACCGUUCACUCUUUUCCACCGAUGCAUCCACGUGGUCAAACAUCAAGGUUGUGGAGAUCGGUCUCUACUCGUGGAUGGAAGAUCGCCGAGAUCGGGAUGUGAUUGGACCGAUACCCUAUCGGAUUACUCAAGGCCAUCAUCACCGUGAGGAGGAGGAAGCAUUCGAUGACAAGACUUACGAUGAUUGCAAGCGGAAUCAUAUGGACCUCGGCAACAACGUAGUGCAAGGUGCCGGUGCAUCCUUCGAAGAUCUGCUCAAGAGUCUUCGUAACAUUACACGCAAAUAUCCGUCAGUCACCAUCAAGCCCAUCGACACUCUUCGUGAUAUCACCCUGCACCCGUUCCACCUUGUCAAUGUCAACCAACGGCGGCUUCACGGAAACGCACAGCAACAUAUCCAACAGCAGCCAGAUCCUGUAGCUAAUGUAGAGAUACAAGAGGCUUUGCAAUGGUUAGCAGAGAAGUGCGGGUGGAGGCCCAUUCUGGCGUGGGACAGCAUGAUGUGCGAUGUAUUCCCAGCGAAUCUCGAGCCGAGUCGUUCAUUCCUUCCCAAAGAAGAGGUUCUGUCCCGCAUCAAGGCCAUGAUCUCUACCCUUCGAUCGCUCGAUAUCCCCAUCCGCAUCUCAAUUGGCGAUCGAACGAACAGCUGUCCUAGCUCAGGGCUGGAUGGCAAUCUCUACUUCGGUGACUACAAGAUGUUCAUCGGCGAGGGCGAGAACAAGCGCGAGCUUCUCGCCCCCACGCAAGCCGGUUUCAAUCUAGCUGGCAUCGCCCACAUGGUCGACGAGCUCACAAUUCAAUACGCGGGCGAUGUGCCGGGAGUGCACGGCUGGCUGCGCCAAACUCGGACCCCCACCAAUGCCGAGAAGGUGUUGAUCGAUCGUGAGCUCCUAGGAUGGCGCCGCUUUUGGGAGCGUUACGCCCGCCUAUUUACGAACCUAAAGAAGCUUACGACAAACGUUCCCAUUGGUAUUUACAACGACUGGGGUCAGUGCGAGGGUCUGCGCGAACUACUCGGCGACGAGCGGUGGGAGAUGCUGGAGGUGGAGGAGAAAGGAGGAGACUUUGGCUUCCACGGAAGCUAUUUCCCGUUCACGAGCCUGCGAUACAGUCAUCUCAGGAGAAGGACUCGCCUGAAGUUCGUGCAACGCGUGUUUUUCCGGCAGGACGCCAAGCCGCUCCACUUGAAACCGAAGCAUCCGCAGCUCGAAGACAAGGAGCGCGAAGCGUUGGAGAUCACCGAUGCGGACAUCGAAACGCCGGACGGUCUUGCUGAGCAUUGCUUCUGGCCUGCGGAGCAAGAGGAGCUUAAGGGGAAGGCAGUCGGCGAGAAGAGGUCAGCGAGUGACGUCGAUGGCGAAGACGGUAAUACCGAGGCAGAGGGGCCGGCGACAAAGAAGGCUAAAAGCGAUUGA